AUGGGUUUAAAUGCCAAGAGUGCUUGUUCUACCAGCAGCACUGAGCCAAAUGGCAGCAUAGUCACCAACGCCCCCAGUAACGGAGAAGCCAGCAGCAGCAGCAGUGUCGUCGUCGUCAGCAGUAGCAGCAGUAGUAAUAAUAUUAGAAGCAGCAUUAGCCCAAACCCAAUCCCAUCUUCUUCGGCGACUCAGUUUAAAGAAGAGCUACCGGGAUCAUCCUCAGCAGCAGCAGCAGCCUCCAAAACAGUCGAGAUGUGCUCUUGUGAUAACCAGAAUCUUGCAACAUCCACAGCCACAACUUCCAAUGGCAAUAAACGUAAACGGCGUUUAAGCAGCGAUUCAAACGAUGAUGCUAAGGACCCCGAACUCGGUUUUGAGCCUCCAUCGGCCAAGCGCCAGCAGCGAUUGCCCGCCCUGUACGGCAGCGACCAGGGCAACCUCUCCUCCGUGGCCUCCUCGGUGUACACCUCGCCCGUCGUCUCGGCCGAUGGCCAGAGCACCCAGGAGCUGCUCAGCAUACGCAGCUCUCCGGCCGAGGAGUUGUCGGAGGCGCCACACAGUCCGCUGCCGGACAGCCCGGACAGUCCGCCGAGUCCCGAUCGCGGUGCCAAGCAGGCGCCAGUUGUGGUUCGCUAUGGAGUGGAGCAGGUGGUGACCACCACCACCAUUACCACCACCACUGUGGUCACGCAGAAGCCGGAGGAGGAUGACCUUUUGGAUGACAGCUGCGAGGACUACUCGUACGACGAGGAUGAGGAGGAUGAGAUCGAGGAGGAGGACGACGACGACGAGGAGAUCUACUCGUCCACCAUUUCGCCAGCCUCCUCGGGUUGCAGCCAGCAGCAGGCGGUGAAUGGAGAGCGCACUCCCGGCCUGCAGCAACACCAGCAGCAGGUGCAGCAUCCGGUCAGCGAUCUCAUGAUCAAUAUGCCGGCGCAGAACAAGAUUCUGGACGAUGCGGCAGCCUUCAGUUGCAUGUCGCCGGCCGUGGAGAACGGGGCACUCCGCCAGUGCCCCCUGCCUGCUUUGAACUGGGCCAAUGCCGCCGAUGUCUGGCGCCUAAUGUGCCACCGGGAUGAGCAGGAUUCGCGGCUGCGCAGCAUCUCCAUGCUGGAACAGCAUCCCGGCCUGCAGCCACGCAUGCGCGCCAUCCUCUUGGACUGGUUGAUCGAAGUCUGCGAGGUGUACAAACUGCAUCGCGAGACCUUUUACCUCGCCGUCGACUACCUGGAUCGCUAUUUGCAUGUGGCGCAUAAGGUGCAGAAGACCCACUUGCAGUUGAUCGGCAUCACCUGCCUGUUUGUGGCCGCCAAGGUGGAGGAGAUCUAUCCGCCGAAGAUCGGCGAGUUCGCCUACGUGACGGACGGCGCCUGCACGGAGCGCGACAUCCUCAACCACGAGAAGAUUCUGCUGCAGGCCCUCGACUGGGACAUCAGCCCCAUUACCAUCACCGGCUGGCUGGGCGUCUAUAUGCAGCUGAACGUGAACAAUCGCACACCGGCCUCGUUCUCGCAGAUUGGUCGGCAAAAGGCCGCCGAGGCGGAUGAUGCCUUCAUCUACCCGCAGUUCUCUGGCUUUGAGUUUGUGCAGACCUCGCAGCUGCUGGAUCUGUGCACCCUGGACGUGGGAAUGGCCAACUACUCGUACUCGGUGCUCGCAGCGGCCGCCAUCAGUCAUACUUUUAGUCGGGAGGCAGCUUUGCGUUGCUCUGGCCUGGAUUGGCAGGUGAUUCAGCCCUGCGCCCGCUGGAUGGAGCCCUUCUUCCGGGUGAUCUCCCAGAAGGCCACCUACCUGCAGCUGAACGAGCAGAACGAGCAAGUCAGCAACAAAUUCGGCCUGGGCCAUAUCUGUCCCAAUAUUGUCACCGACGACUCGCACAUCAUCCAAACGCACACCACCACAAUGGAUAUGUAUGACGAAGUGCUGAUGGCCCAGGAUGCGGCGCAUGCGAUGCGUGCUAGGAUUCAGGCCUCACCGGCCACCGCGCUGCGCGCCCCCGAGAGUCUGCUGACGCCUCCCGCCUCUAGUCACAAGCCGGACGAGUAUCUGGGCGAUGAGGGCGAUGAGACGGCGGCCAGAAGCGGCAUCUCCUCCUCCACAACAACCACCUGCUCUGCCACUGCCAGCGGCAACGGCAACAGCAUCAUGAGCAGCAGCAGCAACAUUGCGACCAGCUGCAGCAGCAGGAGCAACAAUCGCUGA